AUAUAAAUUUGUGAUUAAGCGUGAAAGGGCGGAUUAUAUUUCUGUAGCCUGUAGUCUUCAACUCAACACUUUUAUAUCUAUACUAUACACAUAUUACUUAAUAAAAAUACACAUUUAUUUUAUAUCUAUAUUUAUCUUUCUAUGCUUACAUACCAAUAUACACAGUACAGAGUCACCAGCAGCCCAUCAAACAUCAAAAGAGUGUGAAUAAUUUUUCAGGGAUUUUUUUACUAGCUGUUUUUUUGCCUUAAAACAAAGCCGGGAAAAAUGUCAUACGAAACGCGGUACAUAUUUUCCACAUUACCACGUACUCAACGAGGAGCACCAUUAGUUCUCGGUGGCGACCCAAAAGGAAAUAAUUUUUUAUAUACCAACGGAAAUAGUGUUAUUAUAAGGAACAUCAAUAACCCAGCGAUAGCUGAUAUUUAUACAGAGCAUUCAUGCGCGGUAAAUGUUGCUAAAUACUCGCCCAGCGGAUUUUACAUCGCGUCUGGAGAUCAAUCUGGUAAAGUAAGAAUUUGGGAUACUGUGAACAAAGAGCAUAUCUUGAAGAAUGAAUUCCAUCCAAUUGGCGGACCAAUUAAAGAUAUUGCAUGGUCACCUGAUAGUCAGAGGAUGGUUGUCGUUGGUGAAGGUCGUGAACGAUUUGGUCAUGUGUUUAUGGCUGAUACCGGAACUUCAGUGGGAGAAAUAUCUGGGCAAAGUAAACCAAUAAACUCAUGUGACUUCAAGCCCAGUAGACCAUUCAGAUUAAUUACCGGCAGUGAAGACAAUACAAUUGCAAUAUUCGAAGGACCUCCAUUUAAAUUCAAGAUGACAAAACAAGAACAUUCAAGAUUUGUUCAAGCAGUUCGUUACUCACCAACCGGUAAUUUAUUUGCGUCAGCUGGCUUCGACGGUAAAGUUUUUAUUUACGAUGGCAAUACUUCUGAUCUUGUUGGCGAAGUUGGUUCACCAGCGCAUCAAGGCGGUGUUUACGGGGUUGCCUGGAAACCGGAUGGCACGCAGAUUUUAACAGCAUCAGGUGAUAAAACUUGUAAAUUAUGGGACGUUGAAACCCGUACUCUUAUCACGGAAUUUCAUAUGGGAUCUACGGUUGAUGAUCAACAAGUUAGUUGUCUUUGGCAAGGCGAUCAUUUAUUAUCAGUGUCGUUGAGUGGUUUUAUUAAUUAUCUCAACGUGAAUGAUCCGUCGAAACCACUGAGAAUAGUUAAGGGUCACAACAAGCCAAUCACUGUUCUAACAUUGAGUCCCGACCGAGAAACAAUUUACACCGGCUCACAUGAUGGAUACAUCACUAAUUGGAACGCAAAAACCGGUGAAAAUGACCGCGUAUCAGGUCAAGGUCAUGGCAAUCAGAUAAACGGGAUGAAAGCCGCCGAAAAUUUGCUCUACACCGCCGGUAUUGAUGAUACAAUCCGCGCUGUUGAUAUUGCGACAAACGCCUACUCAGAAUCGUUGACAAUCAAACUUGAUUCACAACCCCGUGGGCUUGAUAUCUAUAAUAACAUCGUCAUAACCGCAUGCCUCAGGCAGAUCAACUUAACCCAAGACGGACGGAAAAUUUCAAAACUUCCGAUCGACUAUGAAGCUUCUUGUGUGGGUGUAAAUCCAAGCAAUGGUGAUGUAGCUGUUGGAUCAUCAUCAGACAAUAAAGUUUACAUCUACAACCAAUCAGGCACCUCACUGACUUUUAAGACUGAAUUAGAGCAUCUUGGACCUGUUACUGAUGUUGCUUACAGUCCUGAUCAUAAAUAUCUUGUCGCUUGUGAUGCUAAUCGAAAGGUUAUCCUCUACGUUGUUCCUGAGUAUAAGGGUCUUGCCCACAAUCGAGAAUGGGGCUUCCAUAAUGCUCGAGUAAACACAGUUGCCUGGAACACAGACUCAACAUUGGUUGCAAGUGGAAGCUUAGAUACCACUAUUAUUAUUUGGAGCGUGACAAAUCCUGCUAAACAUACUAUUAUUAAAAAUGCGCACCCUCAAAGUCAAAUCACGCGGCUCGUGUGGCUGGACGAAGAAAAUUUUAUUUCUGUUGGUCAAGACUGCAAUACUAAAAUAUGGCGCGUGGAAAAAAUUUAAAUAUUAUAUACAUUUUUUUUUAAUUUUAUAUAUUAUA